UCACCCACGGUGCUACACUGCAGGGAUGGCUGCCACAGCGUGUCCGUCUGCAGUGGUACCGAGGUCACAGGUCAUCAGUAAAAUCCCCGUAGGGUAGGAGGAAGGGCAGGAGAGUCGGUAAGUUGGAAUCUUCCGCUUCGAAGGCUGGUUCUACUCGUUGCGACACACCGCUUCUUUGGCGAUAAUCUACUGGAAGCAAUGAGUCGACGAUAUGGUACUCGGGUCAGUAUACCACUUACCCUUGUGGUCGCGGUGAUAUCAUUGCUUUUGCUAUGUAUAAUUAGCAGCGUGGGAGGGUUUCCCGAUGUCCGUCGAGACAUUCCUCAUGGACUGCGUGAUUUUGAGUCAAAGGAUGAAGGGCCUGCUUCGAAUCUCCGCGCAAGCUUUCUCAGCUUUCUCGGAACUCUACAGGAUGCAGAGAAAAAAGUACGGGCGGCCCAUACGGCACUGGCAGCGAUGAAUAGGGGGCGCUUUGAACACCCCCACGGCAUGGAAUACGGUCCUGACAGAGGCUAUACGCUUGAUGAAAGUCGGCCUGUUCCAACCCCUCCUUACAGAGCUGAAAGUUCUCCAGCGACUCACGGAAACAAUAAACUCGUGGAAUACACUGACCGAACCCAAUACAUAAUUCCCCGAGACGUUGUUGAAGCCGCGCGUAUUGUGGCGGAGGCUUCCCCUCUGCCACUUCCAGGCGACUAUGGUGUUGAAAUAGCCCAGGUAUUCGAGGAACACAGAUCGCGAAGUCCGUACACUAGCGAUGCUCACCCACAGGAUCAUCAAGCGUGGAAUAGAGUAGACAAAAAUGUGUCGAAUCCUUCAAGAGGAGCAGAGACGGAUCCCGAAGCGCAUCCAAGUACGGAAUUCUGGAUGACGACUAUCGAACAGAGAGGGUCCAGUCCAUUUGCACCUCCAGGAUACAAGGUCUGGAGGAACGUUAGAGACUAUGGUGCCCGAGGAGAUGGAGUAAGCGACGAUACUGCAGCCAUCAACGCAGCCAUCUCGGACGGGGGACGAUGUGGUCAAGGCUGUGGAUCGAGCACGAUAUACCCUGCCUUUGUAUAUUUCCCAUCGGGCACUUAUCUCGUCAGCUCGUCCAUCAUCCAGUAUUACAAUACCGAGUUUUAUGGCAAUCCUUUUGACUACCCGACCAUCCUGGCGGCCUCGAGCUUCGUAGGUCUCGGGGUAAUCUCGUCAGAUGUUUAUGUCGGUGAAAAGGAAGAGUGGUAUAUCAACACCAACAACUUCCUGCGAUCGAUCCGAAACUUCAAAAUUGACAUCACUCGGACAAACCCAACGGCAUACGUCUGCGGGAUCCACUGGCAAGUAGCGCAAGGGACUUCGCUCGAAAACAUCAUCUUUUACAUGAUGCAAGAUGGCAGGACAACGCAGCAGGGUAUCUAUAUGGAAAACGGCAGUGGUGGAUUCCUCACCAACCUCACUUUCGUUGGCGGUAACUUUGGAGCGUAUCUCGGAAACCAGCAGUUCACCACCACGCGGCUCACCUUCCUCAAUUGUAAAACCGCCGUGCAAAUUCACUGGGACUGGGCCUGGACGAUGCAGGACCUGGUGAUAAGCAAUUGCACGGACGGGAUUGUCAUGGCUGGCGGCGCUGGAAGCACAGGACAAGGAGUUGGAUCUCUAAUCGUCCUCGACACGGUCAUCGCGUCCACGAAAAACGGUAUUGUCACGUCGUUGCUAGCUGAGAACUCCAGCUCGUUCCUGAUCCAGAACUCGGCCUUUGUCGCAGUCGAAACGGCUAUUUUGGAUCGGGUCAAGGGUCAGACACUACUGGCUGGUGGCUCGCGAGUGAAUGUCCAGUCGUGGGGAUUUGGCCGUGUGGCUGGCGCAAGUAGCAACAGCACGGUCUACCGCGGUGCUGAUGUUCCGGCGAUGAAUCGCAGCAGUUCCCUGACGAGAAACGAGGGAUAUCUGGCUCGGAGCUUCUUCCAGCGACAACGACCGGCAUAUACCGAUAUCGGGGUCCGUCAGAUCGUCGAUGUCAAAGCUGCAGGUGCGGUUGGAGACGGGAGGAAUGAUGAUACCGCGGUUCUGAAUAGCAUCCUGGCUCGCGCAGCGAGUACAUCCUCUGUUGUCUUCUUUCCGUUUGGGGUUUACAUUAUCCGAGAUACCCUCCAUGUCCCAGUCGGUAGCCGGAUCAUCGGACAGGCGUGGGCUCAGAUCAUGGCCACGGGCGCGAGAUUUCAAGAUGAGAGGAACCCUCACGUGGCGGUCCGAGUGGGCAAUCCGGGGGACACGGGAAUCGUGGAGAUUCAGAGCAUGCUAUUCACUGUUUCUGGUCCGACUGCGGGCGUGGUACUCGUGGAGUGGAAUGUUCAUCAGUCGGCACAGGGAUCGGCUGGUCUGUGGGAUUCCCACUUCCGAGUCGGCGGUGCCAUUGGCUCAGACUUACAGCUCACCAAUUGUCCGAAAGGCACAGGACGAGUGAACGAACAGUGUCGAGCCGCAUCACUGCUCCUGCAUCUCACCGCACAGUCUUCCGCCUAUUUCGAGAAUGUAUGGGUCUGGACUGCGGACCACGACCUGGACAGCAAGUCCAAGGACGACCAAAUCGAUAUAUAUGCCGCACGGGGAGUUCUAAUCGAGAGUCAUGGCCCGACAUGGAUGUACGCCACUGCCUCGGAACAUAACAUUCUAUACCAGUACCAGAUCGCCGGGGCCAGGGACCUCUACAUGGCUAUGAUCCAGACCGAAUCCCCGUAUUUCCAGCCGUCCCCCAAAGCGCCCACCCCCUUCACAACAGGGCUAUUUGCCAGCGACCCGACCUUCUCACACUGUCCGUCCAACUCGAACACAUGCGCCAUAUCCUGGGCUUUGCGGGUUAUUGACUCCACCGCGGUCUACAUCAUGGGCACCGGUUUCUAUAGUUGGUUCUCGAACUACGUGCAAGACUGUCUGAAGACAGAAAACUGCCAGCAGCGAGCUGUGGAGGUCUCCCAGAGCAGUACCGAUACCUGGAUAUACAAUCUUGUCACCAAGGGUACCGUGGAGAUGAUCCGUCCGGUCGGGGAAACUCCCACAUACGCGGCGAAUAAUGUUAAUGGCUUCAUGUCGUCUAUCCUGGCCUGGAUUCGCGUGGCUGGUUGGUCCAUGUCCUCGGGACAGACCAAUUCUGCCGAUCACUGGGUUGGGGUUAAUGACACAGCAUUCCGGUGCUGUGGGCGAUGGUAUACGGCUGUCGCGGGGGAUACUUGUAACACGAUCUGCGGCAGACAGGGGAUAUCGUCAGAUUUGUUUCUGGCGUUGAACCCUUCGCUGGGAGGGGCUCAAUGUGAUGGGGCUUUGGUGCAGGGGAGGAGAUAUUGUGUUGGGUCGGAUCGAUAUGGGAACAGCACGAGCUUGGGGAAUUAGCUGGGUCUAUCUUGUCAGCCAGCUUCGUGCAUGCAUGCAAACGUUUCGCGCAAUCAAGUAGGGUAUUUGGACUGGGAUACUAUAUCAGUCCAAGGCGAUAGUCAUAUGAGCUGGAAUCAGAUCCCGGGCAUAGGAACCCAUCUCUACUAUCUCUGAGAUACCUGCCUUCGAUAAUAUCUGCUUUAU